AUGACCUCCGUCUGUCAGAUCUGCGGCGAUUCCGUCGGCGUGGCCGUCGACGGAGAGCCAUUCAUCGCGUGCGGCCACUGCAACUACCCCGUCUGCCGGCCAUGCUACGAAUACGAGCGCAAGGAGGGCGGCAAAGCGUGUCCCAACUGCAAGACCUUCUACAAACGCCUCAAGGGCAGCCCGAGGAUCGACGCGGACGAUGAAGAGGACGAGGAGGAAGGAGGAGAUGAACAACCAGCGGACUGGCGGUACCGCUCGUCGCUGUACCAGAGCGAUCCUAGCCCUCCGCCGGCGGCAGCAGGGACGCUGCAUCAAUCGCAGCCGUCCAUGGACGACGCGCAGAACCUCGGAUACGGCGCGUCGCCGAUUCACGAGAACUCCGCGUAUCGGAGGUCGCAGAUGGACAACGACUCGGCGAGUGACUAUAACGAGCACCUCGGCAUGCCCGUGGGGUCGACGUCGCCGCAGGUCGGGCCGCGCAACGCCAUCGUGCCUAGCGGACCGGGCUUCGGCACGUUCGGAAACUCCGUCAGUCAAGCGCAGAACGAGUGGCUCGCGCAAUCAGGCUCCGAAACCCCCGCCGUGCGCGCGCUGGACCCGAAGAAGGACCCGACGGAGUAUGGUUACGGCAGCGUCGUGUGGAAGGGUCGCACCGUGGCUUCCGCCGACGGCAUGGAGGCAGGCGCGGGUGGGGCCGCGGGGAACUACGCGUACGGCGGCAUGGGCGCAGACGGGUCGCCCACGCAAGACCAGGACGGCGAUCUGCCCACCAUGGACGAAGCGCGCCAGCCGCUCUCCCGCAAGAUCCACCUCAAGUCGGAGUUAAUCUCGCCGUACCGCCUCGUCAUCGUGAUGCGCUUCGUCAUCACCAUCCUCUUCUUGCGCUGGCGUAUCAUCAACCCCGUGUGGGACGCGUACGGGCUCUGGCUCGUGUCGAUCAUCUGCGAGGUCUGGUUCUUCUUCUCCUGGAUUCUGGAUCAGUUUCCGAAAUGGAACCCGAUUCGGCGAGAAACGUACAUGGAUCGUCUGUCGCUGCGAUUCGAGAAGCCCAACGAAGACUCGCAGCUCGCACCCGUCGAUCUGUUCGUAUCGACGGUGGAUCCCAUGAAGGAGCCGCCGCUGACGACGGCGAACACGCUGCUGUCGAUCCUGGCCGUCGAUUAUCCGGUCGACAAGGUCGCGUGCUACUUAUCCGACGAUGGCGGCUCCAUGCUGACGUUCGACAUGAUGGGCGAGACGGCGGAAUUCGCGCGCAUCUGGGUGCCGUUUUGCAAGAAGUACAACAUCGAGCCGCGCGCGCCCGACGUUUAUUUCAUCCAGAAGGUUGACUUUCUGAAAGACAAGCUCGACACGGCGUUCGUGCUGGAGCGUCGCUCCGUGAAGCGGCAGUACGAGGAGUUUAAAGUGCGCAUCAACGCGCUCUGCGCGCGUUUCCAGAACGUGCCGGCCGACGGGUGGACGAUGCAGGACGGCACGCCGUGGCCCGGAAAUAAAUCCCGCGACCAUCCCGGCAUGAUCCAGGUGUUCCUUGGUCCUAACGGCGGCGCGGGCUCGGACGGAAUGCCGUUGCCGCGGCUCGUGUACGUGUCGCGUGAGAAGCGGCCCGGGUAUAAUCACCACAAGAAGGCUGGAGCCAUGAACUCGCUAGUGCGCGUCGCGGCGGUGCUGACGAACGCGCCGUACAUUCUGAAUCUGGAUUGCGAUCAUUACAUCAACAACUCGCGCGCGCUCCGGGAGGCGAUGUGCUUCAUGAUGGACCCGAACGUGGGGAAACGGGCGUGCUACGUGCAGUUCCCGCAGCGGUUCGACGGCAUCGACCCCAGCGAUCGAUACGCCAACAACAACACCGUGUUCUUCGACAUUAACUUGCCCGGGCUGGACGGAGUGCAAGGGCCCGUAUACGUCGGUACUGGUUGUUGUUUCCGGCGGCACGCGCUGUACGGAUUCGAUCCGCCCAAGAAGGAGAAGAAGUCGAGCAACGGGAUCUGCUGGCUCUGCCACUGUAUUUUCUGCUGCGGGGGCUGCGGCGGGCGCAAGCAGAAGAAGUCCGCGGAGCUGCAGGCGCUGGCGGAAGGAGGAGGGCUGAGUGACGGGAAGAGCAAGGGGAAGGUGAAGGGGCGCAAGGGGAAGGGGAAAAGCGGGCGGAUGGAGCGGAUUGCGGAGGGGAGGGAGGAGGCUGCGGCGAUGGCGAUGAACGCGAUGGGCAUGGGAAUAGACGACGUGGAAGGCAUGACGGAGGAGGACGAGAAGGGAAGCCUGAUGGCUCUGAAGAAGUUCGAGAAGCGGUUCGGCGCGUCGCCCGUGUUCGUGCUGUCCACGUUCCACGAGGAGGGCGGCGGCGUGGCGUUCACGGGCCCGGGAUCGACGCUCAAGGAGGCGAUCCACGUCAUCUCGUGCGGUUAUGAGGAGGGCACGGACUGGGGCAAGGAGAUCGGGUGGAUCUACGGGUCGGUGACAGAGGAUAUUCUCACGGGUUUUAAGAUGCAGUGCCGCGGGUGGCGAUCCAUCUACUGCCAGCCCAAGCGGGUGGCGUUCAAGGGGUCUGCGCCCAUCAAUCUGUCCGACCGUCUUCAGCAGGUGUUGCGUUGGGCUCUGGGUUCCAUUGAAAUCUUCCUCUCCCGGCAUUGCCCCAUCUGGUACGGCUGGAAGGCAAACCGCCUCAAGGUGCUGCAACGGCUGGCGUAUGCGAACACGGCGGUGUACCCGUUUACGUCGUUCCCGCUGCUCGCGUACUGCAUGCUUCCUGCGAUUUGUCUGUUUACGGGGAAAUUCAUCAUUCCCGGGCUGACCGUCACGGCGACGCUGUAUUUCGUCGGGCUUUUCGCGGCUAUUAUCGCGACGUACGUGCUGGAGCUGAGGUGGAGCGGGGUGGGUCUCACGGAGCUGUGGCGAAACGAGCAGUUUUGGGUCAUUGGUGGCGUGUCGGCGCAUCUAUUCGCGGUGUUCCAGGGCCUUCUGAAAGUGCUAGCUGGCAUCGACACGAAUUUCACGGUCACGGCGAAACAAGCGGAUGACGGGGAGUUUGCUGAGCUGUACAUGGUGAAAUGGACAACGCUGCUGAUUCCCCCCAUGUUCCUCAUCAUUAUCAACGUCCUUGGGAUUAUCUCGGGGCUCGCGCAAGCGAUGAAUAUGGGAACGGUCGGCUGGGGGACCAUGUUCGGCAAGAUUUUCUUUUCGCUCUGGGUGAUUCUGCAUCUUUACCCGUUUUUGAAGGGUAUGAGCGGGAAGAACAAACGCGUGCCGACGCUGGUUAUUGUGUGGUCGAUUCUGCUCGCCUCGGUGUUUUCGCUGCUCUGGGCGGAUAUCAACCCGUGGGGUGCGCCGGCGACUGGGCCUACUGCUGAGGAGUGCGGCAUUCGGUGCUAG